AUGCGCGUCAACUCAGUCUUGAUUGCGUCGCUCGCAGGUGCGGCCAUCGCUGCCCCGGUGGAGUUCACGCAACCACCAGUUCCUCGCCAGGUCGACACGUCCACCGUCACGGAUCUUCUCAACACGAGCAGUUUGCCUGUCAAGGAACGCCAAGUCGAUACCUCGACUGUCACGGAUCUUCUCAACACCAGCAGCCUUCCAGUGAAGGAGCGCCAGGUCUCGUCCACCCCUGUCGAGGAGGCUCUGGAGAGCCUCGAUCUUGGAAAGCGCCAGGAUGCCAGCUCCGUCACCGAUCUUCCCAGUGGUCUCGGCCUCCGCACACGCCAGGACGUCAGCGAGGUAACGGGUCUGCUUAAGGAGCUUGGCCUCGAGAAGCGCCAGAACACCAGCUCAGCGACUGGCCUCCUGAGCAGCCUUGGCCUGGGCAAGCGCCAGACUGAGAUUCUGGACGAGCUCACCAAGUCCCUGCCCACCCGCCAGACCGAGCUCGUCGACGAGCUCACCAAGAGCCUCUCCGCCCGCCAGACAGAGAUUGUUGACGAGUUGACCAAGUCCCUCCCCGCCCGACAAACCGAGAUCGUCGACGAACUGACCAAGAGCUUGCCUGUCCGCCAGACGGAGGUCGUUGAUGAGCUUACGAAGAGCCUCUCCGCCCGCCAGACUGAGGUCGUUGACGAGCUCACCAAGAGCCUCCCAACCCGCCAGACCGAAGUCGUUGACGAUUUGACCAAGAGCCUCUCGGCCCGUCAAACCGAGAUCCUGGACGAACUCACCAAAAGCCUAUCCGCACGCCAGACGGAGGACCUUACGAAGGAGCUGACCAGCCUCGUUCAGAUCGCAGCCCGCCAGUUCGACACCAGCACCCUGACCAACCUUACCAGCGAACUCCCAGCCCGCAGCCCAGCGGACGUCCAAUGCGUCAAGGACGAGAGCGGCAAGUGCAAGUCGACCGCAGAGCCCACGAACAAGCCUGAGCUCGAUAUUGUCAAGAGCGUAGAGGAUGCUCUGAGCCUCUAA